AUGGAUCACCCAGGCCACGUGGAGCGGACGAACGACCGAGACUACGAAGUGGAAGAAAGGCGAUACAGGACCAUGGAGUCAGCAGCGAACAGGUUGCAGAAGGAAGCGAAGGGGUAUCUGGACAGCCUGCGAGCAAUGACAGCAUCGCAAAUGAGAAUAGCAGAGACCAUCGACGCUUUCUACGGAGAUGCUGGGACAAAGGACGGUGUCUCUCGUUCUUAUAAACAAGCAGUCGAAGACCUGGACGCGGAGACGAUCAAAGCUCUCGACGGGCCAUACCGAACGACAGUCCUCGAACCAAUCAGCCGCUUCUGCGCUUAUUUCCCGGACAUCAACGAGUGCAUCAAGAAACGCAACAACAAGCUCCUCGACUAUGAUUCGAUGAGAGCCAAAGUCAAGAAACUGGUAGAAAAGCCAGAUAAAGAUGUUACCAAACUACCCCGAGCAGAAAAGGAAGCCGAAAUGGCCAAACAGGCCUACGAACAAUUGAACGAACAACUCUUGGACGAACUGCCUCAACUCAUUGACCUCCGUGUCCCAUACUUGGAUCCGAGCUUCGAAGCUCUGGUUAAAAUUCAACUGAGGUUCUGCGCAGAAGCGUACAGCCGCAUGGCGCAGGUUCAGCAAUACUUGGACCCUGACACCAGAGAUCAAUAUGCUCGUGGAGAUUUGGACAAUCGGGUCGAACAAGUCCUCUCGGAAAUUCGAGAUUUGACCAUUGCCGGUACGGUCUGA